UUUAAUUUUCAGUUGGCUGCUUCUCUGUUUUAUGUUUGUUUUCAUCAAAGUCGGGUUCCUUUCUCUGUACAAAACAAAUUCCACCACUGCACACAUCGAAUCUCUCUCUUUUGUUCUAAGAAAAGCAAAACCCUCUAUCUAUCUGCCUCAUCACCAAACCCUUUUUCUUGAGGUUUUCAUUUGCUUCAAUCUUUGGUAUUGGUACUCGCUUUCUUCUUGAGCCUUGAUCUGGUGCCCCAAAAUACCCACAUUUCUUUUUCUUUGGAAACCUCAUCUGGAAACAUCCCCACCGUGUAUCUGAGACUUAAAAAUGUCUCUAACUUUUGCUGCUUUUUAGUUUUUUGGAUUUUUUUUUCAACUUUCUUUAAGGGAAAAUUCCUUUCUUCUGUACAGGUUUUGCUAUUCUAGAAUGAUUCUCGUGGAAAACGUUUUCUUGGGUGUAACCCAGAUGUCGAUUUUCGUCAUUCAAGAAGCAAUUUUGCUUCUUAAAAACUGAGUUUUCGGGUUGUUUUGCUUCUAGGGUUUUUUUUUGGGGUUCCUUCUGUCUUUCUUCAUUCCCUUUCUCUGAAAUUGCUUCUCCAUAAAAUCACUCUUUUAAGAGCUUCAUUGUUGAAAUCAGAAAAUUCCCAGUUGACGCUUUUGUCAAUGACUUCAUCUCAGCUAUUUUACACAAUACUCCAAUAGUUUCCUGUUUCUAUCGGGACAUUUUGCAAACGGAAAGUCUGCAGUUCGGAAAAUUUUCUCAUUUUAGCUCUCGCCUGUCUAUCAGAAACAUGGGUUGUGUCCACGGCAAGUGUUGCAAUCGCCACUCGUCAACAUCAGAUGGUGAUUCAAGAGGCCACCCUGAAGCGGCUUGUGUUGGUAAUAAACACGUACUCACUCAGAGAGCGCUGGAGGCUAUUUCUGUCCCUUCCCACAACUUAAAAUUGCAAUACUCUGCUCUGACUCAGCGAGGUUACUAUCCAGACUCGCCAGAUAAGGAAAAUCAAGACAGUUUCUGCAUUAGAACUCAAAUUCAGGGUAAUCCCAGUGUCCAUUUCUUUGGUGUAUUUGAUGGGCAUGGUCUAUAUGGUGCUGAAUGUUCAAAUUUUGUUAAGGAUAGGUUAGUGGAGAUAUUAGCUAAUGAUCCCUCGUUGUUGAAUGACCCUGUUAAAGCUUAUACUUCGGCAUUUUCAAGGACAAACUCUGAGUUACAUAGUAGUAAAAUUGAUGAUUCGAUGAGUGGUACUACUGCAAUAACUGUUCUUGUUAAUGGAGAUAAGAUUUAUGUUGCCAAUGUGGGUGAUUCCAGAGCAGUAAUUGCUGUUAAAAGGGGGAAUAGAAUUAUAGCUGAGGAUUUGUCCAAAGAUCAAACCCCCUUUAGGAAAGAUGAGUAUGAGAGGGUGAAGUCAUGUGGGGCAAGAGUUCUGAGUGUUGAUCAAGUGGAAGGGUAUAUGGAUCCUAACAUACAGACAUGGGACGAUGAGGAAAGUCAAGGGGGUGAUCCUCCACGGUUGUGGGUGCAGAAUGGGAUGUAUCCAGGGACAGCUUUUACAAGAAGCGUAGGGGAUAGCACAGCUGAGACAAUUGGGGUUAUUGCUGAUCCAGAGGUUUCCAUAGUACAGCUUACGCCCAAUCAUUUGUUUUUUGUGGUUGCAAGUGAUGGAGUUUUUGAGUUCCUCUCGAGCCAAGCAGUUGUUGAUAUGGUGGCACAAUAUAACGAUCCCCGAGAUGCAUGUGCAGCCAUUGCUGGAGAGUCUUAUAAACUCUGGUUGGAGCAUGAAAAUCGGACAGAUGAUAUUACAAUCAUUAUUGUACACAUUAAGAACUCAUCUAGUCCAGGUGCUGUUGCUACAGAUGGAACUGCCCAAGUCAAUAGGAAUCAAGUGAGUUCAAGGACACGAAGAGAAAGUUCUGGUUUCUCCAUUGGCUCUGGGUCUGAAAUUUACCGUUCAGCGAGGAGUGAAUUCUCAGAUCAGCAACUUUCGGUGAAUCGAAGUGCAGCUAUUGUUGUUCCAUCUCCAUCACAUCAGAGGUCCUCGGAAUUGAGUGGGGGUUAGUGAUCCUGCUAUUGAAAGUGAAGACAAUUUGUUCCCUGCACAAGAUGUACUCGCUCCAAGGAUCUCCAAGCAGGCCACCUUUUUUCUCACUAUUGCUGAAGCACUGCCACUGACUGUUAACUAAACAAUGGCUUCAGGAGAACAUAAUGCUUUCCGUUAUGCUGUAACCAAGCAGCUGUUAAAUCCGAACACGAGGAACUGGGUUCCCAAAGUUGUUGAUAUUCCUGGAGGCUGGGAAAUGAUAGUUGUAAAUUUCAUUAAGAUAUAUAUACUCUCGUUCACACUGUAUUUAGGAGGAAGAAAUGACAUAAAGUUGCUUAGUUUUGGUAUCACGCUCAACUAUGUGCAAUUUUGAAUUUCUUAUGCCAUUUAUGAUCUUAAAUCUCUCCUAUAUGUCUAUUAACAGUAGUAUGAGAGUCUUGCAAUUGAUGCUGCAUUUCUUUGAUGAUAGUUUCUGUAAUUUUUAGCAUCAAAUGUAAAUUUUGAUAUGUAUACUGUUUGCUGUUAUGUGAUGAACCAAUGAAUGGAAAAUUUGUGUUCUCCGUA